GUGGACAUGAUGCAUUCGGCCAUGACCAUCAAAUACAAGAAGGACGACGAGCUAAAUGUCCAAGUGGCCGAACUGCCGUUCAAGGGAAAAAGGUUUGGUUUCUACAUUGUACUGCCGGAGACAGCGGACGACAUUUCAAGCCUGGAAUCUCUCCUGGAAACACCUGACAACGUAGAUCGACUGUUCUCCGGGCUCAAGUCCCAUUUGACUAUAGUCAGCAUCCCCAAGUUCAAGACCACGACGACCCUGGAUUUAAAAAGAGAUUUAAUCAGUCUCGGCAUGGUCAAGGCAUUCAGUUCUGUCAGGGGCGUGGCUGACUUUUCAGGCAUUAGAAGCAAAGGCGACAUCUACAUCAGCGCUGUGAUCCACAAAGCCAAGCUGAAAGUCACUGAGACGGGGACGGUGGCGGCAGCGACCACCGAACAAACACAGACGCUAUCCAAAUCUGUUGACUCUGUGUCCCAGCCUUCAUUGGAAUUUGUCGCGGAUCAUCCUUUCCUCUACUUCCUCCGCGACAACAAAUCCGGACAAAUUUUGUUCCAAGGAAAAUUUUCCAAUUGAAAAGGCCCAAUUAAAACUAGAAUU